CCGCCGGCCGCCAUCAUGGACGAGGAGGAGGAGGAUGAGGCGGAGCGCGGGGCGGGCCUCAGGCGCGGCGGGACCGGUCCCGUGACCGCGGGAGCUGAGGGAGCGAUGGGGCCGCUCCGUGCCGGGAUCGCGCUGUCCGUGCUGGGGCUGGCGGCAGGUGUAGCUCUGAGGCAGCCCCAAGAGCCCAGAGAGCCCAAAGAGCUGUGGGGAUAUGUGCAGGUUCGGAGCAAGGCCCAYAUGUUCUGGUGGCUCUACUAUGCAAAUAACCCAACCAAAGACUUCACAGAGUUACCUCUUGUCUUGUGGCUUCAGGGAGGUCCAGGAGCUUCAGGCUGUGGAUAUGGGAACUUUGAAGAGAUUGGUCCAUUAGACAAAGAAAUGAAACCAAGAAAUACAACCUGGUUGCAGGCAGCCAGUGUCUURUUUGUGGAUAAUCCUGUGGGCACUGGAUUCAGUUAUGUGGAUGAUUGUAGCUUAUUUGCCAAAAACCUUACYGCAGUAGUUUCUGAUAUGAUGGUUUUUCUUGGAGAAUUCUUCAAGUGUAGACCAGAAUUCCAGACCAUMCCAUUUUACAUAUUUUCUGAAUCUUAUGGAGGUAAAAUGGCUGCUGGCGUUGCUUUAGAGCUGCAUAAGGCUGUUCAAAAAGGGACCAUAAAGUGCAAUUUUAUGGGGACUGCUCUGGGAGACUCAUGGAUUUCUCCUUUGGACUCUGUGCUGUCCUGGGGGCCCUAUCUUUACAGCACUUCUCUCCUUGAUGAUAAUGGCCUGGCAGAGGUGACUGCUGUUGCCAAAGAAAUAAUGGAUGCAAUAAAUAAAAACCAAUAUGGGCUGGCYACUGAGCUCUGGGGCAAGGCUGAAGGUGUCAUUGAAGAGAACACAGACAAUGUGAACUUUUAUAACAUCUUGACUAAGGAGGUUCCAGAAAUGAAAUCAGAUGAACAAGAAAAUUUCCAUCUCAUGCGGCUUUACCAGCUCCACGUCAGGAAAAUGCAUCAGAGCAGCCUMGAUGAGCUGAUGAAUGGGCCCAUCAGAAAGAAGCUGAUGAUCAUUCCUGACUGUGUGAAGUGGGGAGGUCAAUCCAGAAAAGUCUUUGAGAACAUGGCAGAGGACUUCAUGAAACCUGUCAUCGAUAUUGUUGAUCAGCUUUUGGCAGCCAAUGUCAAUGUCACAGUCUAUAAUGGGCAGCUGGAUCUCAUUGUUGACACCAUGGGCCAGGAGGCAUGGAUCCGGAAACUGAAAUGGCCUGACCUGAAACAGUUCAGCCAGAAGAGGUGGAAGGCACUGUAUGUGUCUCCAGAAUCCACUGAGACAGCUGCUUUCCACAAGGCCUAUAAGAACUUGGCUUUCUUCUGGAUUCUCAAGGCUGGGCACAUGGUACCAGCUGACCAAGGAGAGAUGGCACUCAAAAUGCUCAGGAUGGUGACCCAGCAGCAGCACUAGGGGAGGAGAGCUCAGCUGGUCUGGCUUCCUGCCCARCACCAGGGCUCUGGAGGAGCGUGAGUCCGGGAUCCCAAGCCAAAGGAGGUGCAGGGGCUGUUUGGAUGCACAGCCUCUCUYGUCUUGCUGAUAUUGUGCACAAGUGCUUAUGGAAAGGCAUUUUUUCCUUGAAUGAGUUUCUGCUUUUGAAUUUUAAGCUGUGAUUUGCUGCCUUAACAUUGUUCAUAAAYGAGUCCUCCAGAGGGAAGUCCACUGUCAUGACAGACUAACUCUGAGCCUUUGCCUUGGAAGGAUUUUGUGCUCUUGC